AUUUUGGUGAUUUAACCCCCAACUCCAACCCUUUGUUGCUGAGUGCCAAGCAGGGAGGUUAUGGGUCCCAUUUUUAUAGUCUUUGGUAUGACUCGGCUGGGAUUUGAACUCCAACACCAAUCUCAGGAGCGGACUCACACUCAAGCUCUUGAGUAUAUUUUGGUGAAUGCAGAAAAAGAAGGAAUCACCAACGAAGGGAGCCAACCACAUCACCUUCAGAGCUGGGAGAGCCAACAGGAGGAGUGUGUUGACGAUGACACACACACCGACACACACUCAAGCACACACAGAGCGACUGUGCAGUUCAAACUGUGCCACAUAAGGAGUGCACGGCAGCGGGCAAUUAGCAAUCAGCGCACCUGGGUCUGAUGAGGGCAGACGGCAUAAAGACCAGCGGACCCGAAGAUCCAGUGCCGGAACGUUGUUCACUCUUGUAUAUUCCCUCUGUAUCCUGUGAUCGAGCUGUGCGCCUCGACUUUCCACCGGACUUUGGACUGCUUCCCUCGAUCCUCGACCCCCCACUUGGACAUGGACCUCGUCGCCUCUCUCCAGCCCCCGACCUCUCGCUUGCCCACGGACUGCCUUCUUGCCUUGCCCCUCUGGACUGUCAAUGGAUUCAUCCAAAACGCACAAACAACAACCUUUGGACUCAUCAGCAUCCCCCCAGGGAGAGUCCGCCGCCGUGGUGUCCUCCUCACACUCCAAGAUGAUGAAGUACCUAUCACUGGGGGUGCUGGUGUUGCAGACCACCUCACUGGUACUCACCAUGCGCUACUCCCGCACUCUGAAGGACGAUGGCCCCCGCUACCUCGCCUCAUCCGCCGUCGUGUCCACAGAGGUGAUCAAGAUCCUCGUCUGCACCGUCCUGGUCUACAUAGAGAACAACUUCAGUGCGCAGGCCAUGAAGCAGCUGCUGAAGGAGGAGUUUGUCAGCAGGCCUCGAGAGACCCUGAAGUUGGCAAUUCCUGCAUUAAUCUACACACUGCAGAACAAUCUUCUCUAUGUUGCCCUAUCCAACCUGGACGCAGCCACCUAUCAGGUCACAUACCAGCUGAAGAUUCUGACCACAGCUCUGUUCUCCGUCUCCAUGCUGGGAAGGAGGCUUGGUUUCUAUCAGUGGUUCUCCCUGCUCGUCCUCAUGGCUGGGGUCAUUUUAGUGCAGUGGCCCACUGUGUCUGAAGGAGACUCCGAGCAGAAAGUCCUGUCUGCCAGCGCUCAGUUUGUGGGUGUGAUGGCUGUGCUGAUAGCCUGUCUAUCCAGUGGCUUUGCUGGGGUUUACUUUGAGAAAAUCCUCAAGGAAACUAAGCAGAGUGUGUGGGUUCGAAAUAUACAGCUGGGUUUGUUCGGGUUUGCGUUUGCUAGUCUCGGAAUGUUGGGUUAUGACGGCCGGAGAGUAGCAGAGUUUGGAAUGUUUCAAGGCUACAAUUGGAUUGCCUGCACAGUUGUCCUCUUACAGGCUUUAGGUGGCCUGGUCAUAGCUGUGGUGAUUAAAUAUGCCGACAACAUCCUCAAAGGAUUCGCUACCUCUCUGUCCAUCAUCAUGUCCAUGCUGAUCUCCUAUUUCCUGCUGGAGGAUUUCCACCCUUCUGGUGUGUUUUUCUCAGGAGCAACACUGGUGCUCGCAGCCACGUUCAUGUACGGCUACGAGCACAAACCUGCCAACGGCGAUGCUGUUAAAGUCUAAAGGAGAGAGGUCCGGUCUGGCCUAGCAGCGCCACAGCACAACACAACCGGAGCAGGACUCAGUGGACGUGUGUAUGUGAUACAGCUUGUAACUGCUAAUCUGCAGUGACGUGGAAAUGGACAUGCUCCAUUACUGGUACUAAAAAACAAACAUGUCUGUAAAUGACUGUAGUGUUUUUUGGGAGAGAGCAGCCUUCUGGGUUUAUAUUUCCAUAUUCAUAAGGGGGCUGGUCGUUUGAUACAAGGGAGUAUUUGUCUUUAAAAAAAAAAAGAAAGAGAAUUUGGGACAGAGCCUCCAUCUAGUGGCGGAAUAAAAACUAACCAUAAGGAGAAUGCUCUGAUGAAGAUGAAGCCAAAUAGAGGUCUUUGUGUGAAGAAACAAAUGAAUAAAUUGAUGUAUGGACUAAGCUUGCCUCCCUUUACAUAAAAAUUAAAGCCCUACUGAAAGCCACUACUAGCGACCACGCAGUCUGAUAGUUUAUAUAUCAAUGAUGAAAUCUUAACGUUGCAACACAUGCCAAUACUGCCGGGUUAGAUAAGUAAAGUGCAAUUUUAAAUUUCCCACGAAAUAUUCUGCUGAAAACGUCUCGGUACGAUGACGUUUGCGCGUGACGUCACGGAUUGUAGCGGACAUAUUGGGACACCAUUGUGGGCAGCUAUCAAGUCGUCUGUUUUCAUCGCAAAAUUCCACAGUAUUCUGGACAUCUGUGUUGGUGAAUCUUUUGCAAUUUGUUUAAUGAACAAUGAAGACAGCAAAGAAGAAAGCUGUAGGAGGGAAGCGGUGUAUUAGCGGCUGGCUGCAGCAACACAACCAGGAGGACUUUGAGUUGGAUAGCAGACGCGCUACCGUGAGUACAGCUUUGGCUUCCAAACAUUUGAUCGCUUGCCCGUACGUGCGUGCCGCUAUGUGCAUGUCACGUAUGUAACUUUGGGGAAAUAUAUGUGCUGUAUGAACUUUACGGAGGUGAACGGUACUUGGGGCUGUGGGAUUGAGUGCGGGUGUUUGAGUUGUAUUGGUGGGUUGUAUGGACGGGAGGGGGGAGGUGUUUGUUAUGCGGGAUUAAUUUGUGGCAUAUUAAAUAUAA